AUGUCGGCCUCAGAUCAUCUCAACAUCACCACUGGCCAGCGUAUGAUAUCCGCCACAUGGGGAAGUGUGCUCACAUCACUCUUGGUGACCCCCCUCGACGUGGUUCGCGUCAGACUACAAUCCCAAUCUCCUCCAACUCCGCAUAAUCUCUCCCGAUUUGCCGCUUACUCAACCAACUUCAAACAACUUCCCCCCGAUUUAGGCAUCAACUCCUGCUGUCGAGAAGUGUUCUUCGUAGGAAACAAUGGAGAAUUUUGCAUUGCCGGCCAUGGGAGUGCACAGUCUGCCCAAGCGGCUGCGGCUGAUUGUGCCGUUGAAGAGACACAGAAGAGGACUUUCAACUCUACUUUGGAUGGCAUGAGGAAAAUCGCGAGGAACGAGGGCACUCUCACUCUAUGGCGUGGUCUUAGUCCGACCCUUGUCAUGGCCAUUCCCGCCAACGUCAUAUACUUCACAGGCUAUGACUGGCUUCGUUACAGUCAUAUCAGCCCUGUCAGGCGCGUGUCGAACGAUACAUAUGCCCCCCUUGUUGCGGGUUCAAUCGCUCGAGUGGCGGCAGCACUUGCAGUAUCUCCAGUAGAGAUGUUUCGAACAAGGAUGCAGGCCACUCAAGGAGUCUCAACUGGAAUUUACAGGGAAACAUUCCAAGGAUUACGACGAAUGACACAGACUCAAGGAUAUACAUCUCUCUGGCGUGGUCUGACCUUGACCAUGUGGCGCGAUGUCCCUUUCUCUGGCUUCUACUGGUGGGGCUACGAGGCAUUGCGGAAUAGUUUGACCGACGCCAGGGCAGCUUCGAGAGGCCAUAAACUCGAUCCUGGUCGAUCCUUGACGAGCGGAAGACAAAUCCAGACCGAAGAAACUCAUACCACAACAUUUGUCGAUAGUUUCUUGGCCGGUGCCGGAUCUGGAGCGGUGGCUGCUUUUGUGACCACUCCUUUUGACGUCGGUAAAACACGCCAACAAGUAUAUCAUCAUGCUGGAGAUGAUGCCGCUUCGAUGGCGGCGGCGAAAGAACUCGCCAGAAGUGGCAAAAUCAUUCCCGAAGAAUUGUCCAUGCCUCGAUUUCUCAUGCACAUCGCUAGAGAAGAAGGGUUUGCCGGGUUAUUCAAAGGAUGGGCCGCGAGAUGUCUGAAAGUGGCACCAGCGUGUGCCAUCAUGAUCAGCAGCUAUGAGGUCGGAAAGAAGUGGGCCAAGGGGCAAAACGAGAAGAAGGCGGAGAACGUACAUGAGUGA